GUUCCAGUCGUACUUUCUGCUAUCGACACAGACAGUGGGUACUACAAUCGCAGCUGCAUUUCUCGAGAGGUCUCUUCCCACCUAUGCAUCAAACCUUACCAGCCCUUGACAUAUGAGGAAUAUCGCGUGAGUGAAAAGCCAUCUGAGUCGAGAUUGAAGCCUUCUAGCCCUGUGCUAAAGCAAAAGGGGCCUCCUUCUAAAUGA